AUAAUCGCGUGAAGAGAGUACAUGUACUGUAUACAUUAAUCUAUCCCUGAACCACCUCUAGCAGUGUCCAUCUUGUUUUCCGUAUCCCUUUAGACGCCGCCCCUGUCAUAAUCUAAUUUUUCGCUUCAACUCCUUUCGUGGAGAAGAGAAAGGGUCAGGUUCCUAUUGUGUAUCAUCAGGAGUUGGCAGUGAUUCUGAAGUCAUGGCUGAAUUGGCUGCACUUCUGCGACAUGAAAUUCCUGAGGGAAGAAAUAAUCUGGCUGACAGCCAUACGAAUUUGGAGAGAGUAGCAGAAUAUUGCGAGGCAAACUACUUCCAAGCGGAAAACAAGAGAAUUGCACUGGAGGAAACUAAAAAUUAUACCACACAGUCUUUAGCCAGUGUUGCAUAUCAAAUAAAUACUCUGGCUUACAAUUUUCUUCAACUGUUGGACUUGCAGACGUCACAGCUUGCUGAAAUGGAAAGUCAGAUGAAUCAUAUUGCUCAGACAGUCAUGAUCCAUAAGGAAAAGGUUGCCAGGAGGGAAAUUGGUGUUUUGACGGCGAACAAGAUGACGACUCGUCAGUACAAAAUUAUUGCUCCCGCGAAUCCUGAAAAACCAAUUAAAUAUGUCAGAAAGAGCAUUGAUUACACAAUCUUAGAUGACAUUGGACAUGGUGUACGUAGCUGCGGUACACCACGAAGCAAACAGAGAGGUGGUAGUCAAGGCAGUGUUCAAAGUUUAGGUGCUGCUUCUACAGGUUCAGGCUUAGGUGCUGCUAUGGUAGGACCUGCCCCUACCACUAAACCACCUACGCCACCUCAGACAGUGAGAACUGGAACGUUGAGUAAAGGAUCGCGCGAGUAUAGGACCCCACCAGCUGUAGCUCCACCACAAGUACCUAGUCACUAUGCGCCCAACUAUCCGCUUGGCCAUCCUAGGCGAGAUCGUGGUCCAGGAUACAGCACUCUACCAUUGCAUGCUCACAAUACGUCCCAUGCGAGCCACAACGCCAAUCAUAACGCGCACACUAAUACCAUCAAUCAACAUACUGUGCCACAAGUGGGAACGGUACAUCCUCUACAGAGUCAUCCGCAGACGCCACCACCAGCACCACCUAGUGUUACCGCGGGCUAUGCGCAGGAGCAACAUAACAGUAUGCCUCCUCCACCCUCGCCCUUGGUCGGAUUAAGCGGCGACAUGACAGAAUAUACUGGACAUCAUACUCUACCACACAGAUUAUCGCAUCAGAUUAGUCGUAGCAGCGGCGCGAAUAGUCCGCCCUUGCCGCCGCCUCCACCACCGGAACAGGAUGAACAUCCACAAUUCGGCAGACCAACUCCAUCCUCUGGUGCUAUAAUGCCGAUCGUGCCGGAUGAGGAAGAUUUGCCGGGAUGGGUGCCAAAAAAUUAUAUUGAGAAAGUGGUGGCCAUUUAUGAUUAUUAUGCGGAUAAAGAAGACGAGUUAAGUUUUCAAGAGAGUUCUGUGAUUUACGUGCUCAAGAAGAAUGAUGAUGGAUGGUGGGAGGGGGUGAUGGACGGAAUAACAGGAUUAUUUCCGGGCAAUUAUGUCGAACCAUGCGUAUAACUACAUGCAAUAAUUGGAUAUAUCAAAAUAACUAUCGAAAGACUGCAAUUUUUAGACAUUUAUCAUACAUGUACAUGUUAUUCAUUGCAUUUAUAUUAAUUAUCAAUAUUGCGAUAAUGUAAACGAAAGUUACUCAUCUCAUUUUUCCAUAUUAACAAAUCAUUCUAUUGAUUUGCAUUUAUAAGUAUAUGGGAGACAAUCUUUCAAAGCUCAUUGAAAUGUUAAAAAUAUGAUUUUUGUUGUAUUUUUUAUACGCAUUAUUUUAUAAUUUAUUGACAAAUGUACAAAAAGAAUUCAAAUUAUUUAAAUAUCAAUGUUCUAUACAAGUGAUACUGCAUUUGAACGCGUCAAUCAAUAAUCUGCAUACGAUGCAGUAGUCUGUGCAAAAAGAGAGAAUCCAAAGCAUAAAGCUUCCUUUAUAGAUUUUACGUCAUUUCUAUAGCUUAUUCACAUCCUCUCGAUUCUUGCCACGGCUACAAUCGUGCGAAAUGCCAAGUGCUAGUUGAUCAUCACAAUGUAAUAUGUAGGAUAAAGAAGAAAUGAUGAUAAAGCGUUUGAUUGUCAACAAAAGUAAUUUAGUCAAGAGUUUUGAAUCAAAUACUAAGAAAUUAAAUUUUUAUAUUAACGUAAAAAAAAUGUAUUUUUCUGCAUUUUUGGUAUUUCUUCGCGGGAAUAGAUAUUGAAUUAUAUAGUAGUGGUAUUAUAUUCUAUUAAAUAUGUAUCUCUCCUCCUUAUAUAUGUGUAUAUAUAUCUAUGUAUAAGAGAUUGUAUGUUGCAAUAGAGAUCUUUUACCUGUA